AUGUCAAACACAAUCCUCUACUACGGCGUCGCCGCAGGCAUCUUCCUCGUCGCCCUCAUCUUCUGCUACGCAUAUGAAUUGAGCAACGUCUACUUGUACUACCCAUUGGCGGCAUAUGUGGGAUACACUAUCUCGAUGAAACUCCUCAGCUUCUUUGCGCCCACCGCCUGGGAACCCGCACCACCACCACCUCCCAAGAACCGCCAGGAGAAGAAGAAGCAGGCAAAGGAAGCAGAGUUCCAGGCUAGGAAGGCCGAGAAGGUCUCCAGGAGAGAUGCUGAUGCCCUUCGCAAGCAGGCUGAGGCUCGCGAGAGGGACUAA